AUGCCAUCCGAAGAGCACAUCACAAUUGAUUUACACACCCCGUCAUCCAUUGCUGAUCGGGAGAAAACCAACAACAAGACAAAGAAAAAGAAUGCACAGAAUAAUAAACAAGGGGCUUUUCAAACAUUUGUAUUUGUAUCCUCGCAAGAUGCACACCGCGCCCGCAGCUAUGCCAUGCGCCAGUCGUGGCGAAAGAGGAAGCAGCAGCAGAAGCUAGAGCAGAAAGAACAUGAAACUUCUGAGAGGAGGGCUAGGCCCUUGGUUGCCAAACCGGAUUUGGCUACAGGGGUGUCUCUUCCUAGCCAUACUGUGUCAUGGCCUUAUAACGACACAGCAGUGGGGACUGAUAUAGCAGUGAAUGCUGCGGAUGGCGACCUGCAAUUUUCCACUGAAGAUCUAUUACCCGGGAUUGCCGGAUUGGAUGAGCUUUUUGAUUUUUCGAACCUUGAACUACCUGGAGAGUCUUUGGUAAACAUGGACAACGUCUUGUCGCCUCUUGCCCUAGACCCCUUUGAUACAUUUCCUAUACACUUGACAACCAGACACCAUGAAUUGUUACAUCACUGGCUGAGCUCACAUGCCGCGAUGAUGUUUGAAGAAUCCCCUUCGAUAGACUUUAAUCCCAUGCGAGAUGUGUGGUUUCCGCUAGACUUGUCUAAUGCUGGCUCAUUCUACGGAAUACUGGCACAUGCAGCAGCUCAUUUGUCAUAUCUACGUGGCAAUAAGCACGCUGUCGAGGUUUUGAAAUACAAGGCCGAAGCCGUGUCGCUGAUUAAUAAGUGGAUGAACGACGAAGAAAUGGCAUUGAGUGAUACCACGUUUGCAGCUGUGGUUAGGUUGCUUACAUUUGAGCGAUACUGGGGAACAGAAGAAGCGUGGCGAAUCCACCGCGCCGGCCUGGAGCAAAUGAUCCGAACAAGAGGCGGCAUGUCGUCUUUGAAAGAAAACUGGCGGCUAGGAUUGGUCUUGCAACUGAUCUCCCUCAUGUCAAAACCAUCAUGGUUUUUCCCGUCAAACAACAUCUCUGAAAUAUCCGCCUCGAUGGCCUAUCUUUCUUCACAAGAAACAUCUUUAUCAGAUCCGAAUAUCCCGGAUAUCCAUAAGCUUCGGUCCCUCUGGUUGAUAUCAUUUAUUCAGGAUAUGCGCAGCCUAAUGGCAAACUCAAGCAAUUUACAAUCCGAGGGACUCCGACACUACCAUUCCCUCCACGAAGCCGUCAACGUCCUCCGAACAUCCUUCUUCAAUAGUAUUAAUGGCAAUGUCGAACCAGGAUCGGACAUAUACGAGCACGACCGCAUCGCCUGUUUAUUCUACAUUGGCGUAAUGAUCCAAGAAUGCGUCUCAUCCCGAUACCACAACACCAUCGCUACGGUCACAUCCACGACAACAACAAUGUCACCUGACAUAUUAACCAAUGAGCAGUUGUACGACCGUCUCGCGACUCUGAAUAGCGCAAUGUACGAACAACAAUCAAUCUGGCGACAAUCAAUCCCGCAGCUAGAAGCGUUUCUGUUGAACCAUUUCAUGAACCAGCUGGGCAACAUGAAUCGCGCAAAGUAUGUGCUGCAAAUGACUGAAGUCUUGACGUCGUUGAGCCGCGAGGCGAGGAAUGGGGUUGAGAGGUGUUUGUUGAAUAUGUUUAAUGGACGCUAUGCGCGAGAUAGUCUUGCGGCGGGUGGAGAAGGGGGCUGGACGGUGGACGAGUUGUUGAUGACUAUUCAUGGACAGUGA